GCGGGGAGGCAGACGACUCCACUGCAGACUACGGACGGCUCUGGGUCUCAGCUGCCAAAGAUCUCGUCCGGUAGGUGAGUGGCUCACUUUGAGGGAAAAGGCUUCUUGGAUCGAGGCUUCUUCAUGGCAGCUCAGAGCGCGGGGAGCCAGGGCUGGCCUCUUUGCGGAGGACGGCGUCUAAUGACCACAGUUUGUUCGAGGAACUGGUAGCCGGACGUCAUGAGCGGCUGUCGAGUCUUCAUUGGGAGGCUAAAUCCCGCGGCCAGGGAGAAAGACGUGGAAAGGUUCUUCAAAGGGUAUGGACGGAUAAAAGACAUUGAUCUCAAAAGAGGCUUCGGCUUUGUGGAAUUUGAGGAUCCAAGGGAUGCAGAUGACGCAGUGUAUGAACUCGAUGGAAAAGAACUGUGCAGUGAAAGGGUGACAAUUGAGCAUGCUCGGGCCCGUUCCCGAGGUGGAAGGGGUAGGGGACGCUACUCUGACCGUUUUAGUAGUCGCCGACCUCGAAAUGAUAGACGAAAUGCUCCACCUGUAAGGACAGAAAAUCGACUUAUAGUUGAGAAUUUAUCUUCAAGAGUCAGCUGGCAGGAUCUCAAAGAUUUCAUGAGACAAGCUGGGGAAGUAACCUUUGCAGAUGCACAUCGACCUAAGUUAAAUGAAGGGGUGGUAGAGUUUGCCUCUUAUGGUGACUUAAAGAAUGCUAUUGAAAAACUUUCUGGAAAAGAAAUAAAUGGGAGAAAAAUAAAAUUAAUUGAAGGCAGCAAAAGGCACAGGUCAAGAAGCCGGUCCCGUUCCAGGACCAGGAGUUCCUCUAGGUCUCGUAGCCGAUCUCGUUCUCGUAGUCGCAAGUCUUACAGCCGAUCAAGGAGCAGGAGCCGGAGCCGGAGCAAGUCUCGAUCUGUUAGUAGGUCACCUGUGCCUGAGAAGAGCCAGAAACGUGGUUCUUCAAGUAGAUCUAAGUCUGCAUCUGUGGAUCGCCAGAGAUCUCGGUCCCGGUCCAGGUCCAGAUCAGUUGACAGUGGCAAUUAA